AUGGACAUUAUACGAGUGCGAACAUGUACCAUGAUCAUUGCACUAGAAGAGUUAAAAAGACUGCUCACUCCACUCGAACGACGACCUUUGAGAGUCGGGGGAGAACCGGGUUGCGAUUACAUACAUAGAUUAUUGAAUAUUCAUCCUGAUUUAUGUAGGGAGCAAUUAAGAUUGGAUAGAGACAUAUUUAUUAAACUAGUCCAAUACGUAGAGUAUAAAGGCUGGCUAUCGGAUGGUAGAUACAUAUCAGUCGCUGAGCAAAUUGGAAUUGCCUUAUAUAUAUUGGCUAAAGGGGCUUCAUACCGCACAACAGCCGAUAAGUUUCAGCAUGGUCUAGCGACAAUUAGCAAAUACUUUAGAAAAGUAUUACAAGCGCUGAUUAUGUUAUCCACGGAGAUUAUUAAACCUUUCCAAGACUUGAAUGAUGUUCCAGAUAAAAUAGCAAACGACUCAAAAUAUUGGCCAUUUUUUGAGCAUUGUGUUGGAGCCUUGGACGGGACCCUUAUUGAAGCAACUAUAUCAGAUGAAAAUUUAGGAAAAUACUAUUUGGUCGAUUCCGGAUAUCCUAACACUCUAGGAUACCUCAGUCCAAUAAAACAUGAUGAUAUUAGAUAUCAUAUGCCUCAGUUUCGUGUUGGUCCACCUCCUACAGGGAUGCUUGAACAUUUUAAUUACAGACACUCAUCCUUGCGUACGAUAAUUGAGAGAUGCUUUGGAGUGCUAAAAAAUCAAUGGAAGAUAUUGAAAAAUAUGCCUAGUAUGGAGAUCAAAUAUCAGUUGGCUAUUAUGGUGUCAACAUUUACGUUUCAUAAUUUUAUUCGCCUACGUCAAUUAGGUAUCCAAAUAUCAAGUGGGGUUAACAUUGAACCAAGAAGUGAUACCAACAUGUUUAACACAGAGCGCAAGAAUGAAAUGGAUAGAAUCCAACUAAAUAUAGCCAACGAUAUUUGGGCAUCAAUCCAAAGAGAAGCAGAAACAUCGUAG